AUGUUUGCUCUGAUGCUUGGGAGGCAGACUUGCUUCUGCGCCUUGAUCCUCCUGCUCUGCACUGUCGUGGGGGUGGACGGCACCUGCCCACAGCAGUGCUUGUGCCCCCCUGCCCCGCCCGCCUGCCCGCCCGGAGUCAGCUGGGUAUUGGAUGCAUGCGGCUGCUGCAGAGUCUGCGCCCGCCAGUUCAACCAAGACUGUGGCCCCGACCAGCCCUGCGACCACAUCAAGGGCCUCCGCUGCCAGAUGGGUGCUGGGGGGGACCCAGGGCGGGGGCUGUGCCGGGCCGAAGCUCAGGGGCGCCCCUGCGAGUUUGACGGCCGCCUUUACCAGCACGGUGAGGACUUCGAGCCCAGCUGCCAGCAUCAGUGCAGCUGCAUGGACGGCGUGGUGGGCUGCAUGCCCCUCUGCCCACACCGCGUCUCCCUGCCCACCUGGCCCUGCGCCCGUCCCCGCCUAGCCCGCCCCCCGGGCCACUGCUGCGAGGAGUGGCUCUGCGAUGAUGACAAUGUCAUCGCCGAGGAGCUCCCAGAGGCAUGGCCGGGGGCCCCUUCAGCACCGAGGCCACACCCCGACCCCGCCAGCAACGAGCUGCUGGCGCCUUCGCCCCUGGAAUUCACUGCGGGAGCCCCCAUACAAAACCCCCAAUCCCAUGCCCUGCUCGCCUCUGACUGCUUCCCGCAGAUCACGGAUUGGUCACCCUGCUCUGCCACCUGCGGGAUGGGCGUGUCCAGCAGGGUGACCAAUGACAACGUGGCAUGCCGACUCAUCAAAGAGACGCGCCUCUGCCAGGUCCGGCCGUGUGACAUGGAGCUCACGUCGCCCCUCCGGGCGGGGAGGAAGUGUGAGCGGACAGUGAGACCCCGGAAGCCCAUCCGGCUAACGUUUGCGGGCUGCUCCACGGCGCGGCAGUACCGGCCGCGGUCCUGCGGCUCCUGUGAGGACGGGCGCUGCUGCCUCCCCUCUGUCACCCGCACCCUACGCCUCCACUUCCUCUGCCCUGGCCCCAAGAGUGGGGGGUUCACGAGAGACAUCAUGUGGAUCCAGCAGUGUCGCUGCGAUGUAGCCUGCCCUGGCCCCGCCCCCUCAGCCUCCCCCAGCCUUCCCAGCGACAUUCACACCUUUGAUCACUAAAACAGCCACUCUUCUGGAAGGUUCCACAAUGGCUUGGGCUGGAACGGGCCUGGAAAGAAUUGGAUGUGACCCACCUGGGUUGAAGAUUCUGUGUGUAGCUGCCCUCCAGCACUGAAGAGGGCGGCCAACAUUUGUGCUAAUGACCCACAUUUCUGCCUUUUAUGACAUAGGCAGUCCUCAUAUUUCUGGGCUAAAAGCUGAAAAAUAUGUACUUAAUAAUAAUUAUUAAAAUAAAGGGUGCUUCUGUGCUAAUUAUAUGUAUUUAAAGUUUAGGGACUUAUGUUAAUAUGCUUGUUCUAUGUUUGUGUAAUAACAUUCAAGAAAAUUAUAACUGAAUUCCAUCUGGGAGUAACAGUGAAAUUCCGAGCUUUUUCAGUCAUUGAAUCACACCCCCCACACUCGGACUUUCCCAUUCCCAUUUCCCAGAAGGCAGGGUGUCUCCACCGCACAAAACUUAUACCACAUACUGUACAUGUAGAAAUAUACUUGUAUAUAUAUUGUAUAUUUACCUCUGUACAUAUAUUUUGUAUGUUUACCUCAUAAUUUCAAAUGCUUUGGUUGGAAUGAAAAGCAAAAUGUGUUUCUGUGGGAAUUCUCCUAACUUGUUAUGUUUUGUACAGUAUUCACCUUUGGUGAAACAUUCUUUGUUCUAGUUUGCCUCAUUUUUCGAGGGGCCCAAAAUAUUUAUUUUUUUAUUAUUAUUCUUUUGCAAAAAAAAAAUAUUUUUAGGCAUGUCUGUGUCAACAUUUGUAAUGGACAGAAAU